GGGACCUGAUCCCCGGACGGGCUGACUCAACCGGCUGAAGCCGUACCAUGGCGAGUUGGCCUACAGAGCUACAGGGCUUUGUGACCUACCUGGAGUCAAAACGUGCAGGUGGGCCGAGUACGGAUGAGGUGGCCAAGAUUGAGGCCUCCCUGGAGCUCCGUCUCAGAGCCCUGGAAUCGCAGGUGGGCUCACUCAGAGACGACUUCCAAAAGACCGUAGACGAGGUGGCUAAGUUCCAGAGAUCCAGCAAUACGGCGGCGGACGCGGUGUCCUCACUGAGGGCCAUUGUGCCUGUGUCCUUGCCACGGGAUGUGAAGGACCUCAAAGAGGCAGUGAAGAAGCUGGACAUGGAGACGGUCAAGACGGAAGCACUGCUGACCAGGCUGGAGCAAAGAUUCGAAGAUGAGGUCUUGGCAAGCCAGAAGGCCUCCUCGCUGGAAGGGAAGAGUCAGCCUCAGAGCAGCUUGAGGUUGGAAGAGCUGCAGGUCCGCAUCAGGGAGGCUGAUUCGCGCGCCAACACGAGAGUGGACAUAGGCGGAUCGAGGCAGCUCAAGCAGCAGGACAGCCUGCUGCAGGUGCAAGACCAAUGUAGCCAGCUCAGCACGCGCAUGGGGAAGCUGGAGGAGAUGGUAGCGGGCCAAGGCAAGCAGCUUCUGCUGCAGGCGGAAGACCAGCGAGAGGUGCAUCAGCGACUUUUGGAGGUUCGCAAAGAAGCGCUGGAAGGUCUGACGCAGCUGGCCAGUCUGCAGGACUCGUUGCCCGAGCCCGAAAGCCUGGACUCCCGUCAAUCAGCGCGUUCUCCUUCUCCCCGGUCUUCGUCGCAAGUAGCUCCUCCACAGGAGCGGCCGAAGUCAGGCGCCGCGCGGAAAUCCGUCGGGUCACAGCUUCAUCCCAGCAAGCUGAAGUGGACAGGCCCUGCCCUGACGCGCGCGACCUCGGGGUCCAGCUAUCCACGGUAUGUAAACCCGUGAAGGGUUGCUUCUGAGAGUGCCAGCCACGAAACGGCAAGCGCA